AUGAAUGCGAAUAAAACUGAACAUACCCCAAGUGAUAAUCCGGCUAUGCCGGCAAAUUCACCUCCCGAGGGAGCAUUGGCCCACGGAUUUUCUGGGGGCCAAUUCGCUAUUCAUCAACGGUCGGUGCUGAGCGGCCCGGCUGACGAGCCUACGGGCGAUAAUAUUGACUACACCAUUCUUGACUCCACUAGUGACUUUCGAUCUAUGACCUUAAAUUCUGACACUCCUAUGGGAGUUAUACUUGACGCGGGCGGUUACGUCCUAAGGCUAAGAGGCGGCGCUAACAGCGAUACAGAUACGCCAGCUAAGGAUAGCCUCGCUAAUGACGAUGGGGGAACGUUCGAAACCCCUUAUGCCUACCCUCGAACAAAAAGGAAGCGUGUGACCGACGCUGACUCUAGCCUUACGUCUGAUGGCUCUCGCGGCGCUCGCUCCGAAAGCAUCGAAAGGCACUGUGACGAAGUUGAAUCAAAUAUCGCUGGCACCAGAUAG